AUGCUCGGUCACAAUCAGAAUGUGGUAUAUCAGGUUAACACUUACUACAAUGAGAAAGUGCAACAUCGAAAGGCUCGUGUGACAAAAACUGUUCAUCGAAUCGGAAAAGUUGUACAGGAUAUACUGAAGGAAGUGGAAGCUCAGGAACCAAGAUUCAUCAACACACUAAGUGAAACUUCAACUGGAAGAUUAGACGGGGUAGUAGUUCAUUCCCCAUCGGAGUAUGAAGCCGUGCUGUAUCUAAACCAAAUGGGUGUCUUCAACUUUGUGGACGACGGCACAAUCCAGGGAUGUGCUGUUCUAAAACUGAGUGACGGACGAAAGCGAUCCAUGUCAUUAUGGGUAGAAUUUAUCACUGCAUCUGGAUAUCUCUCAGCUCGAAAAAUUCGGCACCGAUUCCAGAAUAUUGUAGCACAAGUUCUUCAAACUCCACAAUUCAGCGAAUACUGCAAACUUCUUCAAGAUAACACAGAUGUGAGAGUUCGAAUAGAUGACAAGUAUACAGUUCAGAUUACAUGUGCUUUUCGAUGUAAUGGAAUCUGGCCAAGAUCAGCAAGUCACUGGCCGAUUGCUGGGCUUCCCUGGCCAAACGCAGCAUUAGCCAACCAAACGAAAGCAGAAGGGUUCGACUUGACAAGCCGUGAAACUGCUAUAACUCAUCAGAAUAAUCCAAAUAAACAGGCGAGCACAAUGGAAGCAGAUGCCUGGGCAAUGAAAAUGCACGGAGCUGAAAAUAUGCUUCUGACUGGAGGUCGACGAAAGACUUUGAGUAUUCUGAAGUGUCUACGAGAUGCUCAUAUGGACUUUCCGGGUACUCCAGUCACUAAUUACAUCCUGAAGACCUUGGUAUUGUACGAAUGUGAGAAACACUGUAGUGAAUACGAAUGGGAGGACACGAAUAUUGGUGACCGACUUAUCGGUGUACUGCUUCAACUAGUUAGCUGUCUCCAAUGCCGACGAUGUGCUCAUUAUUUUCUUCCAUCUCUUGAUCUCCUACGUUCAAAACCAGUUCAUUCCAUCGAGCAUUCUGCUCAACUCGCAUGGCAUCUUGUUCGUAAACUAAUGAUCGAUCCGAACGCUUUGCAAACUUUAUAA